AUUUCUUCUUCUUCCUUCCAACAACCUCUACAAGUCUCGCUGCUGUUCUCCUCUUCUUCUUCCUCAACGCAAGACUUCACAUUUGGCCCAUCUGUUCCGCGAUGGAUCUCUCAGCCUCCUCCUCUUCUUCUUCCGACCGUUUCUCACGUCGCGCCGCCGUCAUCAUCCGCCAUCUCGGCCAGAAUCCGGCGAAAGGUUUCCCACCGCUCGAGCUCUCUCCUUGUAUCAGCUAUUCACCGCCGGAGAGCUCCGAAAAUGUGAGUUUGGACGCCAGGGAGUUGCGGCGGCUCUUAGACGGCCACGAUGUGGAGGCGAGGGACUGGGUUUUUCGACUCAUGGAAGAGAGCUCGCUGUUCUGCCCCCGACGGCGGGGCGGAAAUCAGGUGUUCGUAGCGCCGGAUUACAACCAAUCGAUGGAGCAGCAGAGAGAGAUUACGAUGAGCAGGAUCCAGUUUCUUCUCCAGCACGGGGUGUUCAAUGGAUGGCUGACUGGUUCGGGGGCGGAUUUGGAGAUGAGGAAGUUUGCCUUGCAGGAGUGCCUGGGAUUAUACGAUCAUUCGCUGUCUGUUAAGCUUGGCGUUCAUUUCUUUCUGUGGGGUGGGGCAAUACAAUUUUUUGGCACUAAACAUCAUCAUGACAAGUAUUUGAAGGAUACUGAAAAUUAUCUUAUCAAGGGUUGUUUUGCCAUGACUGAGUUGGGGCAUGGAAGCAAUGUACGAGGAAUUGAGACAAUGGCAACCUAUGACACAAUCACACAAGAAUUCAUCAUUAAUACUCCUUGUGAAUCAGCUCAGAAGUAUUGGAUUGGUGGUGCUGCUAUGCAUGCUACACACGCAAUAAUCUUUUCUCAGCUCCAUAUUAAUGGUACCAGUCAAGGUGUCCAUGCUUUUAUAGGUCAGAUCAGAGAUGAAAAUGGAAAUAUAAUGCCGAAUAUCCGCACUGCUGAUUGUGGCCAUAAGAUUGGUUUGAAUGGAGUUGAUAAUGGACGAAUAUGGUUUGACAAUCUUCGAGUUCCUCGGGAGAACUUGCUGAACGCCGUUGCUGAUGUGCUACCGAAUGGACAGUAUGUAAGCGCGAUAAAAGACCCUGACCAGAGAUUUGCAGCGUUGUUGGCCCCAUUGACAUCUGGUCGUGUCACCAUCGCUGCCAAUGCUGCUUAUGUAUCAAAGAUGGCUUUAGCAAUUGUUGUGAGAUAUUCUCUCACUAGACGAGCAUUUUCUGUUUCACCAAACGAGCCUGAGACUUUACUUCUGGAUUAUCCUAGUUAUCAGCGGCGCCUUCUGCCACUCAUUGCGAAGACAUGUGCAAUGAGCAUUGCUGCCAAUUACCUGAAGGAGAUAUAUGUAAAUAAAUCUCCCGAUACAAAUAAGAUAAUUCAUGUAUAUUCCAGUGCUUUCAAGGCAGCAUUUACCCGGCAAAACAUGAAGACACUUCAGGAGUGUCGUGAAGCCUCUGGUGGACAAGGCUUAAAGACAGAAAACCGUAUCGGGAUACUAAAAGGUGAAUUCGAUGUGCAGUCGACUUUUGAGGGAGACAACAAUGUGCUCAUGCAGCAGGUUAGCAAAGCACUACUAUCAGAAUAUUUAUCAGCUCAAAAGAAGAAACAGCCAUUUAAAGGGUUGGGUUUGGAGCACAUGAAUGGUCCUUCCCCAGUUAUUCCAGCUAAUCUGACUAACCAUGCACUUAGGAGCAUUGAAUUCCAGAAUGAUGUUUUCUGUUUACGAGAGAGAGAUCUGCUGAAACGCUAUGCUGCCGAAGUCUACCAAUAUCAACAUCAAGGAGAAAGUAGAGAAAGUGCAGUCCUUCUGAGCUAUCAACUUGCCGAAGAUUUGGCAAGGGCCUUUACCGAACGAACUGUACUGCAAUUCUUUGUUGAAAAAGCGAAAUCUGCCACGGGUCCAUUGAAGGAUGUGUUGGAGCUAUUAAGAUCCAUGUAUGCUUUGAUAUGUAUUGAAGAGGAUGCAUCAUUUCUUCGAUAUGGGUACUUAUCACUCGGCAAUGCUGCUGCUGUGAGGAAAGAGGUGAUGAAGCUGUGUAGCGACCUAAGGCCUCAUGCCCUGGCUGUGGUUAAUUCUUUUGGCAUCCCUGAUUCUUUCCUUAGCCCAAUAGCUUUCAACUGGAUUGAGGCAAAUUCCUGGGCUUCAUUAAAGGAUUCUUCUUGAUUAUACUAUGGAGCUUAGACGUUUAAUAUAUAAUGUCUUUAUGUUAAAAAUGAUUUUAGUCAUAUUACUGUGAGUGGAAUCUUAUUCCAUUUGUUUCAAUAUGAAUAACUUACCAGUUAAGUGUGAUAUGUAUGGGAUUUCUCUAGUUCUGCAAAUAAAAAACAUUUUUAUAUUUGGUUC